AUGGCGGAAGCCGCGUCGUCGUCGUCGGCGGCGGCGGCGGCGCUGCCGGUGGCGGCGGGGAGGGACAAGGACGACCGCCGCCGCAUGUCGGCGAGGUGCGGGUUCGCGGUCGUCGGCAUCAUGAGCACCCUCCUCGUCUACGGCGUCCUCCAGGAAAAAAUCAUGAGAGUUCCGUAUGGAGCAGAAAAGGAAUUCUUCAGAUACUCACUUUUUCUUGUUUUCUGUAACCGCAUCACCACAUCCAUGGUGUCUGCACUGGUGUUAACGGCAAGUAAGAAAUCCCUGGACCCUGUGGCUCCACUUCAGAAAUACUGUGUGGUCUCUGUAUCAAACAUACUGACUACAACUUGCCAGUACGAGGCACUCAAGUAUGUGAGUUUCCCUGUCCAAACGCUUGCCAAAUGUGCAAAGAUGAUACCUGUGAUGAUUUGGGGCACAAUAAUAAUGAGGAAGAAGUACGGUGGAAAAGAUUACUUCUUUGCUGUUGUCGUGACUGUGGGUUGCUCAUUGUUCAUUCUAUACCCAACAUCAAUGGAUGCCAAUCCAUUCAACAAAGGCAGAGAAAACACCAUUUGGGGCGUUUCACUCAUGCUUGGUUAUCUUGGAUUUGAUGGAUUCACAAGCACUUUCCAAGAUAAACUCUUUAAAGGGUAUGACAUGGAAAUACACAAUCAAAUAUUCUACACAACAAUGUGCUCCUGUGUUCUUAGUUUGAGUGGACUUAUUCUCCAGAAUCAGAUGAUUCCAGCUGUGGACUUCAUGUUUCGUCAUCCAGAUUGCUUCUAUGACGUUGUGAUCCUAUCCAGUGUUGCAACAGCUAGUCAGUUCUUCAUAUCGUACACCAUACGAACAUUUGGGGCUCUCACAUUUGCUACAAUAAUGACGACUAGGCAGCUUGUGAGUAUAUUAUUGUCAUGCGUCUGGUUUGUACAUCCUCUUAGCUGGAUGCAGUGGGUUGGCGCUGCCAUUGUAUUUGGAGCCCUGUACACAAAGAGCCUCUUGAGAAGUAAACCGCAGAAGCCAGCGGCUGCAAGCACGUCAAAUUCUGCUAACAACAGCUGACCAAACAAGCGUGAGAAGAAAUUCUACACCGGACUAAAGUCUUCGGUAUCAGAGAUCAAUGACAGACAUCUGACAAGUAUAAGCGACGACAGAUCUUAGUGCUAUCAUGUUAACAUGGAGCUCAUAAGGCUGAGGGAACUAUAGCUUAGAAUCCAGUGGCAAAUAGCUGAGGGAGGUCAGCCUGCUGGUAGUGAACUCUGUUGCCGUUUUUUUGAGGCUUAUAUGAGGCCGUUCUCUGCA